CGACUGGGCACGACUUGGACCCUCCGAUCCAGUCUCCUCUGCUCUUCCUCCUCCCCAGCGCCGGCGCGGGGCGAGGCAGGGAGGGAGGGAGGGAGGGAGCAGAGGGAGCGGGUGAACAGCGCAAUAACCUCGGCUCCGAUCCUCACCUGAGCUCGCGCCGUCGCCUCGCCCUCUCAGUCCCUCACCUCGAUGGACUCGCUGGCCGCCGCCUGCUUCUGCCCCCGCCGGCGCCGCGCCCGCCGGCUACUCCUGGCCGCCACCGCGGCCGCCGCCGGGUACGGCCUGUACCGCCACCACCGCCGCCGUAUCGUCGCCGCCCUCUCCCUCGCCGACGCCGUCUCCCAGGUCGGUUCCGACCUCGCCGAAUUCCUCCGCUCCGACUCCGACCAAGUCCCGCGGAGCCUGCUCCAGCUCUCCAAGCUCGCGGCCUCGGAACCCGUCUCCUCUGCCGCGUCCUCCCUCUCCGAGUCCCUCGCCUCCGGCGUCCUACGCGCCAUCUCCUCUCACCAGCACCAAUUGCGUCAACAGCAGCAGCAGCAGCAAAACCCCCAAACCCCGCUCCGAGAUCGGAUCUUGGACCGCCUCCUCUCCCCCGAAGGUGCCGGGUUCGCCUCCGCUGUCGUCGGAAGCUUCGCCAGGAACCUCGUCCUGUCCUCCUGCAACGCCCGCACCGACUCCUCCGCCGAGCCCGGCGACCGCGAGGAGCCGCGGUGGCUGGCUGCGCUCUGCAGCGCAGCGGGCAAGGAGGCUGCCGCGGACCUCGUCCGAGUCUUCGUCAGCACCGCUGUCGCCGCCUACCUCGACCGCACAGGCACAGCUGCCGUGCGCACCAACGACCAGCUGCUCGCUGGCCUCUCCGACCCAAGGCACGAGGCCAAGGUCAAGGACCUGGCCGUGUCGGUCUGCAAUGGCGCCGUCGAAACCUUCCUCAGGACAUCGCGGCAGCUGGCUGAGGAGGCUUCCAUUGCUCGCAUUGAGGCAGCACAUAUGGAGCGUGUGGCGCACAAUCCAGACAACAACUGCGUGAUCCAGAGGGUGUCAAGCACGCUGGCAGUGCCGAGUAACAGGAGGUUCGUUCUGGACGUCACAGGCAGGGUCACGGCGGAAACUGUCCGUUCGUUCCUUGACUUCCUAGCACAGCGGAUGUCUGAUGGGGCUAGGAAAAGCAUUGUCAUCGCUCGUGAUGAGGUCGCUGAGAGGGGACUAGUUGCUGUCAAGUACCUCGGAGCCAAAUCCAUGGCCAUCUUCACCAUCUCCCUGGCAUUGUGCAUGCACAUUUUGAUGGGAACAAGGUUCCUAUUGCCGGCCUAGCUACCUGGCUGGGUGGCAGCUGGAGUUGCAUUGCAGGUGACUGAUUACCACUUGCCCUGAUUGUAGUUGCAGAGUAAAUUAUGUAGAUUACAAUUGAUUGUAUAUUAGUAGUUGUCCUUGUCUUUCGUGUGUUGGUGAGAAGUAUUAAAGUUUAAGCUUGAAAGUCUUUUGGGUUUGUAGUUGGUGCUUUGUUCUUUAUGAUUGUUUGUUUGGUUGAAGGAGGUAUAUAUGCAGCUAAAAUGACGCUGGCCAAUUAGGCAAUGUCAUUGUGAGGUUAGACAUCUGUAGUGUUGCUUCCUAUUAGCUGUCACUAGCUUGCUGUGUCGGUUGUUUUUGUUGCUAAGCUGUUGAUCAAUGUAAAACAACCAGACACAGGAUCAGGAGCUGGAAUCUCGACUGCUUACACUUGAAAUCCUCUCUUUUGUAUGCUUUGUAUUGAAGGUGAAGAUGAAGUUAAUAGAGAAGUGUGAGUGGAUUUUGUCA